AUGGAUGACGACAAGGACGUGCUGGUUUUUAUUAUGAGUGUCUACGAGUUCGCGAAGACGUGUCCCGAGCAAACACGGGACUUUGUCUACGUUAAUUACAUCGACUCCGUCGCGUACGUGCAGCCCAAAAGGUACCGUCGGGAGGUGUUCCAGGAGGUACUGGUCUCGUAUCUAGAGUCGGCAAAAAACCGUGGAUUCUACGCCGCUCACAUCUGGGCGUGCCCUGCGGACCGAGGACACGACUAUGUCCUUUAUUGCCACCCUGUCGACCAGAUGAUGCCCAACAAGGACCGUCUUCAGGCUUGGUAUAAUCUCGCUCUGGAGAAGGCUCUGGUACGAGGCAUCGUUGAAAGCAACGAGACCAUGGGCUCUAUGUUCGCCGACAAUGGAUGUAUUUCGCCGAGUGAUGUGCCAUAUAUUCCAGGCAACAUCUGGUUGCGACAGCUCGACACGUGGGUUAAGGCGGCGGCGGCGGCUGCAGCCGUUCAAGUCGGAGUCAUGGGCAAUGACGACGAAACACCACGGGAGAGGGAGGAGGAGGAAGAGAAGGGGGAGGAGGAGGAGAACGGAAAGGAGGCAGAGAAGGGGAAGGAGGAGGACAAGGGCAAGGAAGAAGAGAGGGGGGGGCGGGAAGACGACGAAGAGGAGGAAGAGCAGGCGGGAGGAAGUUCCAAGAAGGAGGCGGCGGCGGCUUCAGCCGUGCAAGUCAGAGUCAACGGCGAGGAGGACCAUGAGGAACUGGAGAAGAGGGAGUCGGACGAGGACGAGGAAGAGGAGAAGACCCAGGACGAGGUUCAAGAGGUGGUGGAGAAGGGGAAGGAGAAGGAGAAGGACCAGGGGAAGGGGAAGGAGCAGUGGAAGGGGAAGGGCAAGGAGAAGGAAAAGGAGAAGGAGCAGGGGGAGGGGAAGGAUCAGGGGAAGGGGAAGGAGAAGUGGAAGGGGAAGGGCAAGUGGAAGGAAAAGGAGAAGGGGAAGGGGAAGGGGAAGGAGAAGGGGAAGGGAACUGAGGAAGAGAAAGCGGGAGGGGGGGGGGAGGAAGAGGAGGAAGAGGAGGCAGGAGAGAGGGGUCAAAAGGAAGAGCCACAGACAGGGGAGAAGGGGGAGCGCAACCAGGUUAUUAGUGCGCCGGAGACCAACGGAAGCGAGGAGGAUGGGGAGGACAGCGACGAAGAGCGGGGAAGUCCGAAGAGGCAAAGGCUCAUCUCACCCGAUUCGGAAGAGUCUUGGCACAGUUUUCCCCUGGGGCCGGUCGCGAGCUCUCCAGGAAAAUGA